AGCGGCCCGCGGAGCUAAGGCGACAGGCGGCGGCUGGGGGCCCGACAUGGACAAGCUGAAGAAGGUGCUGAGCGGCCAGGACACCGAGGACCGCAGCGGUCUGUCCGAGGUUGUGGAGGCGUCGUCCUUAAGCUGGGGCACCAGAAUAAAAGGCUUCAUCGCAUGUUUUGCCGUAGGAAUCCUCUGCUCAUUGCUGGGUACUUUCCUGCUGUGGGUGCCCAGGAAAGGACUGACCCUCUUUGCGGUGUUUUACACCUUGGGGAACAUGGCAUCAAUUGGGAGUACCAUCUUCCUCAUGGGGCCAGUGAAGCAGCUGAAGCGCAUGUUUGAGCCUACGCGUCUCAUCGCCACCAUCCUGGUGCUGCUGUGUUUUGCACUUACCCUGUGCUCUGCCUUUUGGUGGCAUAAAAAGGGGCUCGCGCUCAUCUUCUGCAUCUUGCAGUCCUUGGCCUUGACCUGGUAUAGCCUUUCCUUCAUACCAUAUGCAAGGGAUGCUGUGAAGAAGUGCUUUGCUGUGUGUCUUGCAUAGUACACUGCCAGUCUGUAGAGAGCACCGUGGACUGAAGCUGGUGGACAGUUUUGUAAAUACCCUCUCAACUCUGUCUCACAGACAUGUGCCUUUAACUUGCAGCAAUGUGUUGCUUGCAAUUUGGACAUUUUUGAGGGUUGCCGUGGGAGCAGUCAUGAAUCCUAAACCCUAAUGUCUGUAGCACAAUGUGGGGUUCUGUGGCUAGUGUGGGGGACUCUUCCUCAUGACCAUUUUCCUCUCUGGAUGGUUUCAAUCUUUGUUUAAUCAUAGCAGCAGAUAAGACCCAGGAGCCACUGCUUCCCAGGCCACAGCAGGAAGGUCUACAGAGAUUAUAGGAAUGCAACAGGACGUGCAGAAUUUUGUUGAAGAUUUGCCCCUCACCAAGGAAACCGUUGUCACUGCCUCACAGAGCGUCUUCCCUGGUGUUUGAGAACAAGUGAUCUCCUAAGCCCCUGGAGAUCCUGCCCUAGAUACAUUGUUCCUUCCUAUGGAUGCGCCAUCUUGCUGUUCUCAAUCACAACUGCCUAUGGAAUAUGU